AUGACUUGCACUGAUCACCAGCUCCAAAGCACUAAAACCGGAAUUGCUAUUUAUGCCAAUCUACCUCUUUUCAGCGACAACUACGACGAGCAAGUCCGGCUCCAGGUUAUCAGCCUAGAUCACGUUGUUUCCACUCUUAUCAGAAGUGAGCUCAGCCUCCUCAAGGAAAACCUCAACGCCAUGUCGCAGAAGAGCACUCUGCUGCAGUCCUCCAGCGUGGACCACCAUCAGCACAUGUCUGUCGACGAAUGUAGCAUGAAGGUGAUUCAGCUGGAAACCCUACUGGAGUUUGCCCGGGAAACUGCUCGAAUCCUCUUUACGUGCCUCGGUGCCAGUGGCCAGGAGGGACUACUGACGCCAGCCCAGUCCAAACCGGACUUGCAGGCUACACUGCGAGUAGAAACGCCACCGCCCGUU